CGGGCGCCGGGCGGGAGCGGGCGCCCUGCAGGUUUGUGCCAUUGUGCCUGGCGUGACUGUGCAGAGAACGCUUAGCCACUGACAGCACUUCAGGAGCAGACUGCAAGAUCCCAAGGAGUACGAGAAACUGGAAGUAUGGCGCUUUGCACUAGGAUGAGUCCCAUAACCUCCACAGCUUGGUACAACCACAGGAGGAAUACAGACCUGAGCAGUCGGAAGAGAAAAUAAGUAGCUGUUUGCAAAUAGCUAAGAAGGAUUCCUGAUUGCUGAACCUGACGUAACUGCCCAGAUGGACCAAGAAGAACAAGACCAUGAGGCCUUGGAGGAGACACACGUGGGUGGUGAGGUAGGUCCCCUUCCAGAUCACCUUGCAAGCACAGAUCAGCAGGACAUGUUGGCAGCAGGGUCCAGAGGAGGAGAGGAGCAGUUGGGGCACAGCCAUGGAAGCCAGCGUGGUUCCCCAGUGGCACAGCAAGGUGACUGUGAGGAGGAAGCGGAGGAGAAGCUGCCUUGCUCUGAUAUCAGCCUGGUGAAAAGACAGGAGAGAAGGGUGGCAGCAGCCUCACGGCGAGCCCCUCGUGCAGAGCGGCCCACCAUCUGCUCUGAGUGUGGCAAGGGCUUCAGUCGGAGCAUCCACCUCAUCCAGCACCAGCGAAUGCACACUGGGGAGCGCCCGUUCCUGUGCGGGGAGUGUGGCAAGGGCUUCAGCCAGAGCUCCCAUCUCAUCCAGCACCGGCGGGUCCACACGGGCCAGAAACCCUACACCUGUGCCGAGUGUGGGAAGAGCUUCAGCCAGAGCUCCAACCUCCUCAAGCACCAGCGCAUCCACACCGGGCUCAAACCCUACGUGUGCAGCGAGUGCGGGAAGAUCUUCAGCGACAGCUCCACCUGUAUCAAACACCAGCGUAUGCACACGGGCGAGCGGCCAUACAAGUGCCCAGCUUGUGGGAAAAGCUUCAGCCAACACUCCCACCUCCUUCAGCACCAGCGAGCCCACGACGGUGUCCGGCCUUAUACCUGUGGGCAGUGUGGCAAACGUUUUGGGCAGAGCUCUGACCUCAUUAACCACGCUCGUACCCACACCGGCGAGAAGCCUUACAAAUGCAGCCAGUGCGGCCGGGGCUUCAGUGGCAACUCCAACCUGAUCAAGCAUACCCGCAUCCACACUGGGGAGCAGCCGUACCGCUGCACCCAGUGUGGGGAAAGCUUUCGGUUCCAGCCCCAGCUGGUACGCCACCAGAAGCACCAUACAGACUAGUUGGUGGAGAGGAGAAGGCCACGUGGACCAUAGGCCGCUACCUGCUGUUGGGAAGACACACAGCUGCUCCCUUGGGCACCUCAUACAGGGUGUGAAUUUUGGGGGAGGGAGCCCUCAGAGCCUGUCCCCUUUUCUUCUGGGUAAAUCUGUUUGUGAGCACUGCCCAGACACUCGAGAAAAGAGGGAGGCCACCGCUGAAUGACCUAGUGCAUGUUCACUGCAGUGCAGUGGUUCUGAGCCCCUCUUUUGGGGAUGGGGAGAAGAAAGGUGCUUACAGUAUGGUACGUUCAAGGCCAGAGAGGAGAACAUAGAAACGUUCCAAGGAUCAGUGCCUUUUUCUGUUAUUUCUAGUGGGGAGUGAUUUUUAUCCCAGUAAAAAACAGCUAAAAUCUUUACCUGUUUUCUGUACAAGCUGCCUGGGUUUGCCUUCGCAGUGAGGCCACAGCCUGGGAUGAUCGCUUGCCUUAGAAUCCACAUCUCCCACUUGCCAGUAUUCUUGGGUUUAGGUGGUGUUAGCAUCUAUUUAUUUUAAGACCCCACAACACUGUGCUGGGUGUUUCUGCAUACAUGUUGUGGGCCCAGCUGAUGCUCUGUUGGGGCCACAUCUAUGGAAUGGUAUUUUUGCUGGGUUGUAUGGUUGUUAAAUUGACAGUUCCACAAAUUACGCUGCUGUUUGACAGCUUAGUCCUCAGCAGCAAUUAAGUAAAUUAACAACCUAGUAGGUAUUUCUCUCAGACUCUUGUUUAGGUGCUUUUGUGGGUGGCACUUUAUGAAUGUUUUUAUAAGACUUUUAAAAGUAUUUAGGAUUACUUUUUUAAUUGUGAUCUUCUAAUUGUCAGUUGAUGAACAGAAAGAGGAUGAUGUUUGAAAAAUAA